UAAAUUUCUUCGAAAUUCCACAUUUUAAAAUCAGUUUUAUUCUUCAAGAAUAUGUUGAAAUCCCAACAACCGUUUUCUGACAAUUAGCUCAGAAUCCCAAACAAAUCUAACUGAUCAUGUCAGAAGACGAAUCCGAUCACCUCCUCCGCGCCGCCGCCGCCUCUCUCCUCUUCUUCCUCCUCUUCACAGGAGAGCUCGUGAUUGGCCAAUCAUCAUCGCUAGAGACAGACAGAGAAACCCUUCUCCAGCUUCAGACAUUCCUCAAAUCCCAAAACCCCGUCGCCGAAAACCGCGGCAGAUACACAAAAUGGAACGACUCCGGCGACGGCUCCCCGUGCGCGUGGCCGGGGAUCACGUGCGGCAACUCCACAAACCGCGUCACAGAAAUCGACCUCUCCGGCUGCAACGUGGCCGGAGAGCUCUUCGCGAACUUCUCCGCCUUCACCGAGCUCUCUCGCCUAGACCUUUCAUCGAACACCAUCGGCGGCAUGAUCCCCGACGACCUCGGCCGCUGCCGGAGCCUCAAAUUUCUCAAUUUAUCGCACAAUAUCAUCUACGGCGAGGUGAAUCUCACCGGCCUCGACAAUCUGGAGAUUCUCGAUCUGUCACAGAACAGAAUUCAGGCGGCUAUCCACCUCACCGUACCGGAAAAUUGCACGAGCUUAUUCGUAGCGAAUAUCUCUACCAAUAACUUCACCGGAGAAGUAGGAGACAUCUUUGUGAAUUGCCGGAAUUUGAAAUUUCUCGAUCUCAGCUCGAAUCAAUUGGAGGGAGCCAUAUGGUCUGCAUUUGAUCGGAUGGAGGAAGUCUCGUUGUCACAAAACCGAUUCUCCGGCGAAGUUUCCGCCUCGAUUUUUUCCCCAAAUUGCAGCUUGAGAUCGUUGGAUUUGUCGGAGAAUAACUUCACCGGAGAAUUUCCAUCACAAAUUUCCAAUUGUAAGGAUUUGGAGAUGCUGACUUUGUGGGGGAACACUUUCACUGGGCUAAUCCCUAAGGAGAUUGGGUUUUUGCCUAAAAUUAGGGCAUUAUAUUUGGGGGGAAACAAUUUUUCAAGAGAAAUACCAGAAAGUUUAGUUGGUUUAAGCAAUUUGAAAUUCCUUGAUUUGAGCAGAAACAACUUCGGAGGCGAAAUUCAGGAGAUUUUCGGCCGAUUGAAGCAGGUCAAAUUUCUUCUCCUUCAUAAGAAUUCAUAUGUAGGUGGAAUUCAUUCCUCCGGUGUUCUUCAGCUUCCAAACAUUGUUAGAUUGGAUUUAAGCUACAAUAACUUCUCCGGCCAGUUGCCGGUGGAGAUUUCGCAGAUGGCGAGCUUGAAAUACCUAAUUCUGGCCUACAACGGCUUCACCGGCGGCAUACCUUCCGAAUAUGGAAACCUCUCUGGAAUUCAAGCACUUGAUCUUUCCUUCAAUAGCCUCAAUGGAUCCAUACCUAACACAUUCGGCAACCUUAGAUCGCUGAUGUGGCUGAUGCUCGCUAACAACUCGUUUUCCGGCGAGAUCCCGCCGGAGAUUGGGAACUGCAGCAGCUUGCUGUGGUUGAAUUUGGCUAACAACAAGUUUUCCGGGGCGUUGCCAGCGGAAUUAACGAGAAUCGGGAGAGAUGUCACGCCGACGUUCAUGCUGAAUCGACGCGAGAGCGACGAGAUGCCGGCUGGAUCGGGCGAGUGCACCGCGAUGAAGAGGUGGAUUCCGGCGGAUUAUCCGCCUUUCAGCUUUGUCUAUGAUCUUCUCACGAGGAAGAAGUGUAGGAUUUUGUGGGAUAGGAUUCUCAAAGGGUACGGUCUGUUUUCGGUGUGCUCCCCGGGAACGAACGUUCGGACGAUGCAGAUUUCCGGCUAUGUCCAGCUCGGUGGAAAUGAGUUUUCCGGCGAAAUUCCGGCGGAGAUUGGGGAGAUGUUGAAUUUCAGUAUGUUGCACUUUGGGAUGAACCGGUUCAGCGGUGAGCUGCCUUCGGAGUUGGAGAGGAUGCCGUUGGUGGUGCUGAAUGUCACGCGGAAUGCCUUCUCUGGCGAGAUACCGCCAGAGAUAGGCAACCUCAAGUGCUUGCAGAAUCUCGAUUUGUCGUGCAAUAACUUCUCCGGUCAGUUUCCGGGUAGUUUGGACAACUUGAGUGAUCUGACCAAGUUCAACAUUUCUUACAAUCCCUACAUAUCCGGCUCUGUUCCUGCGAUCGGACAGCUGGCGACAUUUGAUAAGUGGUCGUUUCUCGGGGACCCCCUCCUCCGGCUGCCACCAUUCAUCAGCAACGAGACGAAUGGGGCGGCCCCCGGGAGGAGUAAGGGCGGGAGGAAGGAUGAGCCAAGGGGAAUAAAUGUGUUUUUAGUGGUUUUGGCAUUGAUUCUUGCUGUCUUAGUUUGUGGGAUAUUGACACUUAUAGUGUGCUUGCUCGUCAAGAAGAUCCCUAACGAGUCGAGAGGAUAUCUGUUGGAGGAGUCGAAAGGCGUGUCGGGCUCAAGCUCGUCUUCGCCAUGGAGGUCGGACACGAUCAAGGUCAUUCGUUUGGACAAAACGGCCUUCACGCAUUCAGAUAUCUUGAGGGCUACUAGGAGCUUCUCGGAUGAGAGGAUUAUCGGCCGGGGAGGCUCUGGCACGGUUUACCGAGGCGUGCUGCCUGACGGUAGGGAGGUGGCGGUGAAGAAGCUGCAGUCGGAAGGUGUGGAGGGAGAGAGGGAGUUCAGAGCUGAGAUGGAGAUGUUGAGUGGUAAUGGACUCGGUUGGCCUCAUCCGAACCUAGUCACGCUCUACGGUUGGUGUCUGAACGGGUCGGAGAAGCUGCUCGUGUACGAGUACAUGGAAGGGGGUAGCCUGGAGGAUCACAUCACUGACCGGAUCGGCCUAAACUGGCGGAGGCGUCUCGAGGUCGCCAUAGACGUGGCGCGGGCGCUCAUGUUCCUGCACCACGAGUGCUACCCGAGCAUCGUGCACCGGGACGUGAAGGCCAGCAACGUGCUUCUCGACAAGAAUGGAAAGGCCCGGGUGACCGACUUUGGGCUGGCACGGGUGGUGGACGCGGGUGGCAGCCACGUCAGCACCAUGGUGGCGGGGACCGUGGGGUAUGUUGCGCCCGAGUACGGGCAAACGUGGCAGGCGACCACGAAAGGGGACGUGUAUAGCUACGGUGUGCUGGUGAUGGAGCUGGCCACUGGGCGGCGGGCGGUGGAUGGUGGCGAGGAGUGUCUGGUCGAGUGGGCCAAGCGGGUGAUGGGGGACGGCCAGAGACGACCGGGUGUGCCACUGCCCGUGGCUCUGCUCGUAUCUGGUCUAGUCGAUGGAGCGGACAAGAUGGGGGAGUUGCUUCGGAUCGGGCUGUGGUGCACGGCGGAGACGCCCCAUGUUAGGCCUAACAUGAAGGAGGUGUUGGCUAUGUUGUUUAGAAUUUCUUGCACAUUGAAGAAUUUUGCACAUGCUUCUAAUUUCAAUUGAUCUUACAUCAAUGUAUAUAGUCUUUCUUUGUUACAAUCAUUCUUUCUGUAAUUAUCACACACUGUUAGAGGGGGUAAAGAUUAACCAUUUUUGUUUGAUGGAAUCAGAUUCUAUCCUUCUUGCGGUUAAGGUUAGGAUAGUUUUGUGAAUUGGAAGUGAAUAAAGAUGGAUUUUUUAAGCAAA